CGAGGAAGAGAAGAGUCUCUCCAGAUCAGAACACCAGAUGGACAACGCUAGCCCUUCCUCCCUCCUGGAGUCCCUGUGUCAUGCCUCUCCCGGUAGCACCUUACUGCUGGGUAUGAAGAGGUUGUCUGUGCAGCUGGUGGACUGCAGGAAAACAACGGGGCUGAGUGGAACUGUGAGAGGAGGAGAAGAGAAGAAAGGAUCAGAUUUGACACAUCAAAUGCCAGGGACUCGGAUGAACAAUGGGAACCCACAAUGUCAAGGUGUUCAUCCACCACUAAUUCAGACGCUGAAGCUGGUUCAUCCAGCCGGACCCCUGCUGUCUCCUGCUCCACACCUUCCCCCGCCCGGACAUCUAGAGGUGUGAAGAGGCCAGCCCAGAAGCGGAGGAGGGCCAGUGAACCAGCGUGUACUACCACCGAGGCAGAGGACCGUUGGCACACUGUGCUAGAAGAUGAUGUGGAACCACUUCCACCAACAUUUAGACCGAAAAGGCAGCCAGGACCUCAGCUGGACAAGACUGUAAAGUACAGCCCCCUUCAUCUUUUCCAGAUGUUUUUCUCCUUGUCAGUUCUUGAUUCGCUGGUUUCUAACACCAACAAGUAUGGGGCUAAGAAACAAGUAGGCAAGAAAGAGGCAUGGAAGCCCGUUUCCGUCCAAGACCUGUACUGUUACAUCUCACUGGUUAUUUACAUGGGGCUGAUGAAGUUGAAAACCCUGAAGAGCUACUGGAGAACGUCAACACUCUACCAACUGCCUUUCCCCACUACUGUCAUGUCUUGUAAAAGGUUUCUGGCUAUCUCACGGGCGCUUCAUAUCAGUGACCCACAAGUUGACGACGACAAUGACAAGAAGAGAGGCACAGCAAGCUUUGAUAGGCUCUGCAAAAUCAAACCUCUCUACCCCAGCAUGGUGGAGGCCUGCAAGACCCAUUUUCAGCCCAACCAGAACGUGUCCAUAGAUGAGAGGAUGGUAGUCUCAAAGGCUAGAAUUGGCUUCAAGCAACAUAUGUAUAACACGCUGUGUGGGUACAAACUCUUUGUUCUGGCCGAUUCUGUGUGUGCCUACACUUGGAAUUUGUUUGUUUAUGAGCAGGAAAGCAGUGUUGCGACCGGUAAGGGACUCGGUUAUGAUUCCGUUAUGGAGUUGUUGGAUUUUCAACUGCUGGGGACGGGCUACAAACUGUUUGUGGACAAGUUUUACACAAGCCCUACCCUGUUCACAGACCUGGGGAAGCUGGAUGUGUGGGCUUGUGGCACCGUCCGUACCAACAGAGUGGGUUUUCCAAAAACUAAAGUGAACGACAUGCCUAAGCGGGCUGAUAGGGGUACCAUGCGAUGGAUUCGUAAAGAUGACCUGCUCUUUGUAAAGUGGAUGGAUACCAGAGAGGUGGUCAUGUGCUCCAGUAUCCACAAAUCCUUCAGUGGCGAUCACGUCGUCAGGCGUGUGAAGGACGCUAAUGGGGAACAGACCACUAAAAAUGUCCCCAUUCCUGCUGCUGUGAAGGAUUACAACAAGAGCAUGGGAGGUGUGGACAAGUCAGACGCUCUGAUAGGCUACAACAAUGUUCUACACAAGACAAUGAAAUGGUACAGGACAUUGUUCUAUCAUUUCAUCGACAUUGCUGUGGUGAAUGCAUUCGUCCUCCAUGAGGAAAUGGCUAAGAGCUGUGGACAGACCCCCAUGACACAGCUAGCCUUCAGAGAGCUGCUCAUCCAGGAGCUUGCUGGCUACAGCAAGUCCACUGCCUCACAUUCUGUCCCUUCUACUCCUGCCACCUGUAGUGUUCACAUGCCCAGAUUCCUUUCUGCAGGCAUGAAUGUGCCUCGGGGCAAAAAGGGUACAGUAGGGAGGCGUCGUUGUGUUCUGUGUCACAGGAAAGGCCCCGUCACCUGCACCACUUGUUCUGUUACCCUCUGCUUUACACCAGAAAGAGACUGCUAUGGGCCUUGGCAUCAGCAGCACAAUCUGGUGUAGAGGUGUUACCCUCUGCUUUACACCAGAAAGAGACUGCUAUGGGCCCUGGCAUCAGCAGCAUGAUAUUGUGUAGAGGACUGAGGUUCUUCCAAAUACUGUCAUUCUAAAGUGUAAAUUGUAUUAUUUUUUUCAUUAUUUUUUCCCCCUUUGUUUUUUCUUUGGGGGGGGGGUGUGUUAGCAUAGCAUUUUUGUAUCUUGUAUAUAGUUAUUUGCUUGAAAAUGUAUCAUUUUACCAAUUUGGCGACUUGGGUACAUUUGGGCAACUUGUGUGGGACACCUGGGUGACUUCAUGCUAAAUGCCAUGUAGCUCGCUCAUUCCU